AUGUACCGGAAGACUAGCUACACUCUUCAUGCAAUGGUUACACCAGAUCCGCCCCAUAUUUCGGGGGAUCGAUGGUCUGGGCAGGAAUUGUCGGUACUGCUCUUUCAGGAAGUGAAACCAAUUUGCGUGGAAUUGUCUCUGAAGGCUGUGCUUCCACGUGGAGAACUCAAAUUGAACUCGCCACAGAUCUCCAGGUUAUUAAAGCAACUUGUGGCGACACUUAAAGACCAUUAUUACCUUCAUAAUGAAAAAACCUUGUAUAUACUUACUCCCAAGAUUGCCGACUACGUCUUUUUUCCCAUUUCAUGCUUAUUGAAGAGCCCAGAUGUUCUCGAUGAGUCGAUCACCACCUCCAUUUUACAAGCUAUUCGGUUCCUAAUUGACCACUGCUGGGCCACUGGUGAUAUGGAUAUAAUGGCUGAUCAAAUGCUUCCUUUGGUUUUGUUUCUCGUACAAGGUAACAAGCUUGACACCGGCUCAUUUGAAUCACAAAAAACUGUAAUAGAUUGCAUUUCCUCGUUAAUGAGACAUUCCCUGAUGGAAUACUUCAGCGAGAAUCCUAGACGCCUACUGUGGCUCGGUGCGUGUAUUACGCUCAACCUCGAUAUCAUGGAAUCCGUUGGAAAGGUAAAAGGACAUGAUGAAACCGCACUAGUUAAUGAGAUCCUUGUUAGCCUUCGAUACCUCUUAUCGAGAAAUAUGAGUGGUGCUCAAACAUCUGAGGUGUUCCCAGGAGUAUCAUCUCGCGUGAUAAAAUUCGCAACCUCUACUUCUGGUCUACAUGUUGAUGUCUAUAUUAACAUCCUCAAGCUACUUCAGGCAAUAAUUAUUUCUGUGCUAAAUGACGAAGCGCUAGGGGCUACGCUUGUCAACGAAAACGACACCAACAUAGAGUCGAUCAAGUUGACAUUAGAUGCCCUGGAAACCAACAAUGUUCCUAUCACCUUCACAAAUGAGUCAAAAUUACCCAAAGGAUGGCACAAAGCAACGUCUGAGCAAUUGCUUCUUUUGCUCACUGUCUUCUUCAAAGAUUUACUCAAAAAUCCCAACAAAAGCAAGAUGAUAUACACUCAUAUUGCCUUUUCCGAUACCUUGCAUACAUUCUUUGUUUCAAUUAUGGAGAACUGUUUUCUUUCUUUGUUUGAAGGAUGUGUUCCACUCUUCUUGGACUCGAUUGUCUUAUUAAUAUCGCAUGGCCCGACAAAUGGGCGAACCUUAAAGAUUAAGCUGGUGGUGAACGAGAUAGUUCAUGGUGUAACUAUGUCUGACCAUAACAAAAUCCAGCUUUUCCAUGACUUGGUGCAAAAAAAGUUGGAAGAUUUGGUGCUAAACAAGAUGCCUACUGUGCUUUUGUCUACUGAUGAAUCACGUAUCUUGGAUUAUUUGUGCUCUGUCGAAGUACAUUUUCAGCUUCUUGUUUCACUUCUGCAUGAUAUACAUUCCAAUAAUCACAGCGAGUUUGGAGCCAAAAUCUUGCUCAACUUGAGAGAUAAUCUCUGCAAAUCAUACUCCUUCAGCCGAAUCCAAAACCAGUCGUCAACUUCUUACAAGUCUUCAUCCUUGAGUAGUGUUUCUGAACACACUCUAGACGGCAUUGACCUUGGUCCUAACAUCAAUACGAAAAGCAUCGUCACCAACAACAAAGCAUCGAAAACUGAAGAGUUUAAACCCUCACAGAAAAUGCUUUCCUUGUCACACAAUUGGCUGCAUUACCAGAAUACCAUCGUGACUAACGAGGCUGCAAGUACUCAACUAUUUCUGGGGGUUUUUACGAUUGAUGUUGAGAGCCAAAUAGCACUUCUUGUUCAAUCAGUUGUGAGCAGUAAUGCUUGGACACUGACUGAGCUCAUUCAACUUACAGAAACAUUACUAUCACAAUCUCAUCAUGGCUCAAAUCGAACGACCACCUACCAGAGGCUAGCUGAUGGCAUUUCAUUAUGGAUUGCAAAGCUAAUACUACAGGUGCAGCAAACAAAAACUGAUGUUCAGCUUGACGAUUUUCUUGACUUAGAAGAUGCUGAUUUAGAUACAAGUAGCAAUGAGCUCUUGUAUUUGAUCAUGUCCAAUUCUCAAGACGUUAUUGAAUCUGCCUCGCGUGAAAUUGAAAGUCCAGAAGAAUUAUCACCAGAAAGCCGGCAAUUGGUCAAUGUCACUGAAAAAAGUGUUGCUGUAGCUAUGGAUACAGUUGCGGAGUUGAGUGCUCACUUCACUGUUGCGGAGUUUCAAGAAAUGUUCCUCAUGGACAAUCUUUACACACUUUUUGAGGGUGUAGCAUCACAAUCAGAGAUUGUUCGCUCCAGUUCACUUUAUGCCUUGAGUGAGAUCGUCAGGAAUUAUUACCAUGGCUCGAUUGAGAAUCUUGUUAAGGAUAACCUGGAUUAUAUUGUGGACUCGUUGAGCUUGAGGCUAUCUCUGGCAAACACUUUCACAUUGACCAUGCCAUCGAUUCUAUUGAUAAUCAUCAAAGUGACUGGAAAACAACUUUUGCUUCAAAAUCAGCUCUCUGAUAUCUUGACGCAAAUGUUCAUUAUUAUUGACUCGUACCAUGGCUAUUCUGCCUUGGUUGAAUGUUUCUUCAUCAUCUUUGAUGAGUUGAUCUCUCAGGUGGCUGUUGAUUAUAUCAACGCUAAUGUUCUCGAAGACACCUCGGAAUCUCAAUUUGCACCUUGGGGAAUGCUGCUGGUAGACGAACUAUUGAAUUUAUUGGCCGAUUCUGGACGUGUGGUGGACCCUUUUGCCAAGUAUGAUUCAGAACGAGAAUACUUUAAACGAAAAGAAGGUGUCCCGUUCGCUGAACAGCUAGAGGAUUCAGACGACGAAGAAGAAUCUGAACCAGAAACCAACAAUGAAGAAGAAACCUACUCGUCUCCAAUUCCGAAGACUAUCUACUUCACCUUACAAAAGAUCUAUGUUUACGGCUUUAGAUUAUUGACCAGCCCAUCCGUGGCUUUGAAACGUCAGAUCUUGGCAACUUUGCGUACGACUUAUCCACUCCUUGCUACAGAAUAUUCAUUGGUGAUGCCUCUUGUUGCCGAACAAUGGCCUACAUUAAUAUCUGUUGCCAGUGGACAGUUUGAAGAAAGCAGUGUUCACAAUAGCACACUAACAACAUCAGCGUUAGAGUUGGCCAUCACCAUGGUAUGUGAAGAUAAGAAGCAUAGUGAACGUUUUUUGGGAUCGCGGUUCAUUGAACUGUGGACUUACUUGAAGAAGGUGGUCUUGUUUAACGCAAGUGACCGGCAUUUAUUCACUCCUGCGAUACGUAAAUUGGUUGUGAAGUAUCUAUUAGAAGGUUUGAUUACCUAUGGGAAAACCGUUCCUGAUUCUGUCUCAUAUACCAUGCUUGAAGCGUGCGUCAGAUUAGGCUUGCCUGAGGACCAAGUUCUCACCAGGGAUAUGAAGAAUAUUUUGUGGGCUAUCAAUUAUCAAUAA